AGCACUGUGAGCGCAUGUUAGACUGCAUCCCAAGAAUACUCAAUCUUUACGAGCAAAAGUACCUACAAUAUUUUACACAAUCGUUGUGUUUAAUGUAUCAGGUGAUGGAGAAAUUAAUGUACCCGACGUUUUAAACCCACAACCAGGAACAUCCAAUGCUGAUUAUUUCAUUUUUCCUAGUGUGUCGGGAAAUAAUGAAGUAUUAACUAUUGGUUCUCCUCUAAACGAAGAACAUGAUUUCCUUCCCAGCACAUUGCCGAAUGCUUCUACUGAACCUAUUGACGAUUGUGAAUAUAUGUUACUUGACGAGAAUUCAAACGAAGAUUUAAUAGAAGAAAUAGAUGACUCACUCUCGAUUGAAAGCCAAUCCGAAAGUAAUAAAAGUGAAUCAAAUUCAACACAUGAAAACGAAUCCGAAGAUGAAUCCAAAUGGCAUUUCAAUAUUGAUAAGAUGAAUGGUACCGUUGUAAUGUUUCCCGAAUCUCAUCUCACAGUAUCGGAUGUUUUGCUAAUGAUAGAAACGUAUGCAGUGACAAAAAAUCUCACACGCCAAAAUCAAGAUGACUUGAUAGAUUUCGUUAAGACUGUAGCUGGUCCUAACUUUGAAUGCUGGAAUGCAACUCAUUAUGCAAGAGGAAAAGUCUUUAAUCCACCUCGCGAUACAAUGACAUUACACUUCUAUUGCGAAACUAAAAAUUGUUACCAACUGUUAGCCUCAAAAAGUUUGACAGAAAAUAUCUGCCAUUUGCGAACUGAAUGUGUAUCUUGUAAGAAGCAGUAUACACUCUCUUCAGAAAGUUCGAAUCAAUUUAUGUCCAUUGAUGUAAAAUAUCAACUGAAGAUGAUGUUGAGUGAUGCAAGCAUACAAUCAGAUUUAUUGGAGACCCUUGAAUUAAUGAAAAAAACACCGAAUGAUGGAUUAAUACACGAUAUAUAUGACGGUCGUCUGUACAAGAAGGUUCAACAACUCUUACCGGGAGCUUUAACUUAUAAUGUGAACAUAGAUGGUGCUCCAAUGUUUAAGAGUUCAAAUCGUAGUUUCUGGCCAAUCCAACUCCACAUUAACGAAUUGAGUCCUCGUGUUCGAUUUCGUAACGUAAUACUCGGUGGACUAUAAUUUGUGACUUCUAAAGAGCCAAAGCCUGAAUUGAUGAAGUCGUAUUUAUCAAGUUUCAUCGAUCAGGCUGAAGAUCUGAUGAAUAAUGGAAUCAAUGUCACACUCCGAUUAACCGGAGACAAGGUUAAUUAUAAACUUUACUGCCUUCUACUAUGCAUGGAUACAGUAGCUCGUCCGGUUGUACAGUUUCGCGUACAGUACAAUGGACAUUACGGAUGCAGUUGGUGUUAUGCGUACGGAUUUUAUGAUGGCAGUGCAAUGCGAUAUCCAUUAUGUCGCACUGAUCCGAAAUUAAGGUCACACGAAAGUCAUUUACAAGACGUUGAGAAGGUCGAAAAGAUUCGCCGCGCCGGCUUAACAAUAAACGGCGUAAAAGGUCGGUCGGAAUUACUGAGGAUGAAUCAUUUUAAUUGUGUUUGGGGUCUCCCCAUAGAUUACAUGCACGGUGUAUUACUAGGUACAACCAAACAAUUAUGGGGCAUAUGGACUACGGCCUCAAGGAAUUGUUACUUAAAGCCAAGUGAUAGAGAAGAAAUAAACAAACGUCGAUCAAAAAUUAAACGACCGCAUGAAAUUCACAGGUUAGUAAGGCCGAUAAAAGAUACACCGAAAUGGAAAGCAUCAGAAUGGGAAUCUUGGUUGUUAUUCGACAGUGUACCAUGUCUACAAGGAAUACUCAACGAUGAAUGUUUCGAAUCUUAUAUUUUAUUCGUUCGAAGUGUUAAUACCCUGUUAAAAAGCGAGAUAAGUGAAGCAGAGUUUCAAAAAUGUGAAUACGAUUUACUUCAAUUUGUAGGACAGUGUGAAAUUCUAUAUGGAGAGGAAGUUAUGACAUUCAAUCUGCAUUCAAUGCUGCACCUAUGUGAAUCGGUAAGACAAAGUGGACCACUAUGGGCAAGUUCAACAUUUCCUUUCGAAAAUGGAAUUUUUCAUUUUAAACGCCACAUCAAUGCGCCUCACGGCGUGAGUCAUCAAAUUGCAAAUUCAGUGUUAAAGAAAAAAUUCAUUCAAUCACAUAUCGACGAUGCUUCACCGAUGCCUGCUUGUCGUAAUUAUUGUCAUAACUUAUUUAAACCUACGCAUCUGGUUAAAAACUGUGUGAAAAGUGAUAACGGUGUGACGCUGAUCGGUACAGGCCGAUACGACAAAGAGAUUGAAACAGUGAUAAUGAAUCACCUACAUGGAAUAUGCAUACCUGUAAAAAUAUUCAAUCGAGGUAUUUACAAGGAAAUCGUGCUUCGUAGUACCGCAUACAUCCGUCCACAAAGAACAGACGAUACUGUAGUACAAAUAAAAUCGAAGAAAAUUAUGAAAAUUCACAGCUUUGUGCUUGUCAACAAUAUAUGCUACUUAUACGGUCGUGAAAUUUUAAUAGCUCCAUGGACAUUCAACGGAAGGAUAUUGGACCACCUGUUUAAAGUACACGACACAGAAGGAGAUAUACUAAUCGUUAACGCCGAAGAUGUUCAAUGCAAAGUAAUAAACUUUUCAACCGGAAUCGAAGACUACGUCGCCUUCUUUCAAAAAAAUUUGGGAAUAUAGAAGAUUCAUGUUUUAGCAUAAAAAUAAAUUGUGCAGACUUUGAUUCGACAAGUACUGUACAUUAGAAGACUUCGCAAAAACAUUUUUUUAUGCAUCUUGAAUGAAGCAAUGAACAGGAUUCGGUGUUUUUGACAAUAAUGGUUUGAUUUUGUACACAAAAACGAUCUUCGCAGGAUACAAUAAUAAAUGAAAUUGAAGAAAACGGAGGAGACGAAAGAAACAAAAAAAACGGAGGAGACGAAGAAAACAAAGAAAACGAAGGUUUUCAUUUUGAAAGAGGCAAAGGACAGAAACGAAAGAAAAGAAGCAGCCAUAAAGA